ACCUCUCAUGCCUUGCUUCUUUCUUGAACCCUUUUUAUAUAUAAAUGUGAAAUGCUCAUUUGGGUUAUUGCAGAGUCUGCGUUGAGCCUCAUUGCCAUGAAAAUGGAGCUCAAGAACCCUACAAUCCUCACUUUCCUUCUUCUCUUCUUGCUUGCCACACCUUGUUUUUCUAGAGUUGGUGGAUCAGAUGUAGUGGGUACUGAGGUUUAUGAGAUUGAUUAUAGAGGUCCAGAGACCCACUCAUCAAUCCCACCGCCUGAUCACUCUCAUGGGAACCCUUUGAUCCACAAAGAAAGUGCCAUGGCAAGUCCUAAACCUAAGAGCUCUAGGGCUUCUAGCAUGGGAAGAAAGGCCAAGCAAAUCCAUGGAUGAAGAUCUCUGGCAGUGAGAGUGAUAAUUUUGGUCAAAGUUUUUAGUACAGAUAUAUCAAUUAAGAACAUGUUGAGAU